ACGAAAUAUCUGAUAAGACUUUCAUAAGCAGCAUCAACUGUCUUCUUCAUCAAUCAUGGCCAACUUGACCCGGAACGUGAAAUCAGGAAACGAAUGGACUCAGAGCGAGCUCUCUGCCUACAAUAUCCUAGUAGAAGAAAAGAGUUUGGCCGAGUUCUUCGGCGUUGAUGAGCUGCCGCCACUCGCCGAUGGCAUGAGCAUCUUCAGUGAAACUGAGGAUCGCUGUUCGGCCCCCGACGAUGAGACUUACAAGUUGCUCCUUUAUCUCGAUCUGGCCAAUCGCCCCAGGCCAGGGCAAGAAGCUUCUGUUCAAGUUUUUACAAAGGAAUUUCUCCAAAAGCUGGGAUAUGAUGCAGGACGGCGCAUCGUCAUGAUCCAGCAGAAGCUACCUUUUAUCGUCUGCGGUACAAAGUGCAGCGCUCAGACUGAUGUCUGCAUCCUCGAAGAAGACGAAAUCCUCCUACUGGUUCAAGAAAAUAAGCGCCUUGAUAUACCCGAUGAUCCCGAACCACAGCUGGUAGCUGAAGCUAUCGCUUCCUUCCAGCAUAACAAUAUCGUUCGUGAGAGGGACCUGCAUCUUCCAGCCCUUGAUGAGGCGAUCUUCCCAGCGAUCGCGCUCUACGGCACUUUCCCUAUUUUCUAUAAGAUAAAAGUUACCUCUACUCUUGUCGUCGCCGUUGGCACCGGUACUUAUCCUGUUGAUACCACCAUCGUCCAUCGUCACGUUCCCAAGCUUCCCCUUCGCCACAGCGACCCGGGAAUGAAGCCGCUCGAUAAUAGAAAAGCCCUUAUACGAUAUUUCCAAGUAUUCAAGCAAUUUAUUUGAGGUGUCGCGUGUGUGAAGAUGCAGUCCAUAUAAGCCUGAAUGCCGACUGGGAGAGGAGACUUUGUUUAUGUAGUUGUCUUCCUUGGUAUUGUACAACUAAUUGGCCGAUUUGUGAGUUGACACUUGAAUUAUAAAGCCCGAUUAGAAUUUUUUCGCACAGCC